AUGCCCGUCCCCUGUGCGCCAUGCGUUCAGACGGACAGCGUGUGCGACCAUCAACAACCUUGCGCCUCCUGCGUCAAUGGGGGCCAGGAAUGCACACCCCUCCAACUUCCAAACCACCCCUUCCCCCGCGGAGUCGACGCCAUUGCGCAGGAGCUUGGCGACUCGGACGAUGCCUCACGUUGUGCUGCCAGGCUGAUGGAAGAGUGGGCGAAAGUCUCCUCGUCCGCCAGUGCUGCUACCCCAGAAUCCAGCACUGAGUCGGCCGCAACAUCCGCAUCAACCGGCAACACGCUGCAGGGUCCCAUGGGUCUCCUAACCAGAGAGCAGGUUGCAGCUGGGCGCCACACUGCUGUGACCGCGAUCCAGGACCUCCAGCGUCGUCACAAGGCACAUGACACCGAGCUGGGCGCCUUCAACAAGGUCAUUGAUUUCGUUCUGGCGGAACAGCACAAGACCAGGAUGCAAUUGUCCGACGCCAUGUCCCGCUCGGCCAAGAUGGAGUGCGAGCUCGAGGAGAUGAAGGCGACGAUCGACAAGCUCCAGAAGCAAAGCGCGGCCGACCGUCUUGAAAUCGGCGAGCUCCAGAAACAGAGGGAAACUGACCGCUUGGCAAUCGCGGAGUUCCAAGACAAGGCUUCCGACAUCGACGACAUUGUCGCCUGGAGAGAACACCUCCGUUCCAUGUCCCCGCUGCCCCCGCUGCCUUCGCUGCCGUCGAUGUCGUCGAUGUCGUCGACGUCAUCGAUGUAG